CUAUUCCCCUGACCUUAACCCUAAAACUUUACCAACUCCUAUUCAUAUACCCACCCCCUUUCUCAUUUUUCCCUCCUCUCUCUCCAUCUUUCAUCUCUCUCUCCUAUCUUUCUCUAUCUCUCCCAUCUCUCUCUCUGCUCUUUCCAUCUCUCUCAUCUCUCUCUCACAACCCAUAUAAAAAUCCAAUCUUUAUCACUUUUUAGCCAAGAAAAUACAGUAUCAAUGGGAAAGUACAUGAGAAAAGCCAAAGUAACAAGUGACAUAGCAGUGAUGGAGCUCUCUCAAUCCUCUCUUGGUGUCAAAACCCGGGCAAAAACCCUAUCUUUACAGAAGCUUGAAGCUGCUAAUUCAAUUCAAGACUCUUCUUGUUACCUUCAAUUGAGAAACAGGAGGCUUGAGAAGACUAGUGAGGCUGUCAAGACUCAGAAAUCUGGGGGGGUUAAGCAAAACCCAGAUGGGAAUUUGAAGGUUUUGGAGGGAAAAUCAAGAAGUUUGAAUUCGGGUUCUGUCGGGUCGGAGUCGGGUCGGAAGGGGAAGCAUGAAAAGGGGUGUGAAAUUGGGAGAAAUGAGGAGGUGGGGUGUGGUGAUUUUGGUGUGGAAGCUUCAUUCGGGGAGAAUAAUUUGGAGUUUGAUGCUAGAGAAAGGGGCACCAGGGAAAGCACACCGUGUAGCUUGAUAAGGGGUUCAGACAGUAUCGGGAAUCCUGGUUCUAGUACGAAGCCAAGAAGUUUAGCUGCAUCUGAUCGACUCACUCAUAAUUCCAUACAACAAGAUAUUCCAAGUACUCAUGAGAUUGAAGAGUUCUUUGCCUUUGCCGAGCAGCAACAACAGAAACGUUUUAUUGAGAAGUACAACUUCGAUGUUGUGAAUGAUACACCCCUCCCUGGGAGGUACGAGUGGGUGAGGGUAUCCCCCUAAGCAGGACAGGUGACUUACAUUGCUGCUAAAUGACUUAGAGCUAGGAGUAGUGGUUGCUUAGUUUGUAUCAUCCUUUAGGACCUUAUGUAAAAAGGAAACAAGGGCAUCGAAAUGUGUAACUUAAUGAUCUGAAACUUAACAGGGCCAAAAGGGUGACACUAACCUAUUGGAAGCAGAUGUGAAAAGUAUAAUGUAACUUUAGGUUUUGGUGGUCCAAUCAUUGUAACUUACAAAUGCUCAUAAAGGAGUCACCUGGUUAUUUCAUCAAAGAAUCUUUUACCUAUUA